AUGCUCCAGUCCUGGUUGACCGCCAUUUGUUCUGCGGCAGCACUUACGUCCGCAGUAACCGCUAGCGAUACCUAUGAUGCCCAAGCGCAAGCCAUCGUCGACGGCUUCUCGGCGGAGCAAUUGCUGGGCCAGAUGACUCAGCUUAAUCUCGGCACCGUCAUGAACGCUACUACCCAUGAGCUGAAUGAGACAGCAGUCCGUUCGUUUGCCAAGCAGUACGUCGGCUCAUAUUUCAACACGCACUGGGACAAGCCUGUCAACGGGAGGUUCGGCUUCAACGCCUCCGAAUUCCGCUCUAUCGUCCAGCGUAUCCAAGAGAUCUCCAUGGAGGAGAACGGUGGCCACCCCAUCAUCUACGGCCUCGACUCCGUCCACGGUGCCAAUUAUGUUGAAGGGUCUGUGCUGAUGCCCCAGCCGAUCAACAGUGGAGCUAGUUUCAACCCCGACCUGGUCUACGAAGCAGCUCGUAUCACUGCUCGCGACACUGAGGCCGGAGGAAUGAGCUGGAUAUUCGGACCUAUCCUAGACGUCUCGCAAAACUCGCUUUGGGCACGCACACUUGAGACGUUGGGCGAAGAUCCGUACCUGGUUUCAGUCAUGGGCGCUGCUGUCGUUCGCGGGCUGCAGAGCUACAACCAAACGGCUGCGUGCAUCAAGCACUUCAUUGGAUACUCCAAAACUACCACCGGACAUGACAAAGACAACGUGAACAUCCCGGACUUCGACCUGUUGAACUACUUUAUGCCGCCGUUCAAGGCUGCUUUCGAGGCAGGUGCGCUCACGACGAUGGAGAGCUAUACCUCCGUCAACGGUGACCCAGUCAUUGCCAGCGCGAGGCUCUUGAACGACCUCCUUCGAUCGGAUCUCGGAUUCAAUGGUGUGCUACUUUCGGACUGGGGCGAGAUCUACAACCUUCACGACUUCCACCGCGUGGCGGCCACACGAGAAGAAGCUGUCGCUAUGUCGCUGAUGCAGACGUCUAUCGACAUGAGUAUGGUACCUAACGACGCGGAGUUCAUCAAAUACGGUCUGAACAUGCUCAAGGAGAACCCAGACCAGGAAACUCGACUGCGUGAGUCAGUAAAGCGUUUGAUCAAGAUGAAGCUCCAACUUGGAUUGUACGAUAACCCGGUGCCAGGCGAACAAUACGUGUCGAUGGUCGGCAACGAAAAGGACGAAGAGGUCGCACUGGAAAUGGCGCGUGAAUCAAUCGUGCUCUUGAAAAACGAUGAUGACGUGUUGCCGCUGUCGAAGAGCGCGUCUGUGUUCCUGACUGGCCACACGGCCGAUAACGUUGGCUUUCAAUGCGGUGGCUGGACUUUUACGUGGCAGGGCCACGGGGGUAACGACAUAUUCCAACACGGCAUUUCUGUCCGCCAGGGACUGGAGAACGUGGUUGGCAACGACUCCUUCACGUACUUUAAUGGACUGCUUGGUAACGGCUCCAUUUCAAAUGCUGAUCUCGCAGAGGCAGUGCAGCUCGCAAACCAGCACGAAUACACUAUCGUAGCCAUCGGCGAGUCCAAUUAUGCGGAGAAACCCGGAGAUAUCGACGACCCCGCUCUACCGGAGGGCCAAGAGAAGUAUGUGGAAGCUCUCGCUGCGACGGGAACAAAGGUUAUCGUGAUCCUCUUUGAAGGUCGUCCGCGUUUGCUUGGUUCGAUUCCAAAGAACGCCGUUGCCAUCAUUAACGGUAUGCUUCCGUGCGAACUUGGCGGUCAAGCCAUGGCUGAAAUUCUCUACGGUGACGUUAACCCCAGCGGUAAGCUGCCGAUCACCUACCCGAAGGACCCGGCCAACAUCGCCAUCCCCUACAACCACCGCGUCACGACGCGCUGCACCUGGGACAACUGCUGGAUGCAAUGGGACUUUGGUGCUGGCCUCAGCUACACCAAGUUUAACUACUCUGCCGUCACGCUCGACAAAACUAAUAUCGCUAGCGCCGAUGACACGCUCACUGCCACCGUCACCGUCACGAAUACCGGCAAGCGAGCUGGUAAGGAGACGGUCAUGUUGCUCUUGAUGCAGCCGUUCCGCAAAAUCUCGGUGCCCGAGAUGAAAAUGCUCAAGAAAUUUAAGAAAAUCGAGCUACAAGCAGGAGAGUCCAUGGACGUGUCGUUCUCGUUGUCGACGGAGGACUGGGGUGUGUACAAACCGCAGAUCGGCAGCGGGUUGAAGCGCAUCGUGGAAGACAGCAGAUACAUUGUGGCUGUGAAGCCAGACACGUGGUGCAAUGUGUACUGGGGCAACCUCUCGAAUCCGUUGUGCGCGGAAUUUACUAUCGACACGAGCAGCGGUGCAGGCACCGUCAGCGCGGGUGUCGAACUGUAA